GAACGAGUUCCCUCUCAAGUCAUCUGAAACACGUUCAAGUUAGCGCUCGGCAGAAAGAUCCGUAGCCUUUUUUUAGCUCGGAGAUGUAGUCCAAAAACGUCAACCAUGGCCUAUGUCCAGAUUGAUUUUGAAGAUCUCGAAUUCUUCGAGAAAUGCGGUGGAGGUGCGUUUGGCUCUGUCUAUAGAGCGAGGUGGAAAUCGCAAGAUAAAGAGGUAGCGGUGAAGAAAAUCUUGAGUCUAGGAAAAGAGGCCAGUAUUCUGAGCAUGCUCAGUCACAAGCAUAUCAUCAAGUUUUAUGGAGCAGUAAAUUCUCAGCCCAACUUUUGCCUUGUGACAGAAUAUGCUGCCAGUGGAUGUUUGUAUGAUCAUCUUGCAAACAAUAAGCUUAAUUUUGACCAGAUUCUACAAUGGUCCACUGAGAUUGCUCUUGGUAUCAAUUACCUCCACAAUGAAGCCCCAGUGAAGGUGAUUCACAGAGAUCUGAAGUCAAAAAAUGUGGUGAUUUGCUCUGACUUGACAGUCAAAAUCUGUGAUUUUGGCACUUCAAGAUUCCUUAAUAACACAACUAAAAUGUCUCUGGUGGGGACAUACCCAUGGAUGGCUCCAGAGGUUAUUCAAAGCCUGCCAAUAUCAGAAGCCUCUGAUACAUUUUCUUAUGCUGUGGUGCUGUGGGAAAUGCUUACCCAAGAGGUACCAUUUAAAGGACUUCUUGGUGUCCAAGUAGCAUGGGUGGUUGUGCAAGAGGAAGAGAGGUUGACCAUUCCAAGCAGCUGCCCAGAAAAGUUUGCAAAGCUGAUGAAAAAGUGUUGGUUGACGGAACCAAAGGAACGUCCAAAUUUUAAUGAGAUUCUGUCAGAACUCAAAUCCAUGAGUGGAGAUGCUUCUCUACAACAGGAAACUGACUCCUUCAUUGAACAGAAAAAGAAUUGGAGUAAUGAAAUAGAUGCUACGUUGAGUAGGCUCAAGAGGUUAGAGAGAGAUUUAACAAAUAAGGAGAAAGAACUGCGUGAGAGAGAAGUACGUGUACAACAAAAAGAAAAGAAAAUUAAUGAGCUGCAGUCUAUUUCUAAGGUUCUGGACAAACAUGAUGUUAAUGCCUGGACAGAGAAUGAUGUGUGUUUAUGGCUGCAGCAAGUUGCACAGAACAGCUCAUUGUGCUCACAGACGAGCAGUUGGUAACUCUUGGAAUUGAAUCCUUUGGUCACAGGAUUGAGUUGAUGGAGCAAAUUGUUCAUUUGAGGUCUGAGAGCGAGUCGAUGAUGCACUUUCCUCCUCUUCGACCCAUGGAUGAUGUUACAACAAAUGGCUAUGCAAGCAGUCAACCCCAGCAGCAAACUCUCAUUCUCUUAUUCGGUAAUCAUUGUAGAAUGGAAAAAUCCUCACAGGAGCACAAAUGGAAGAUGUUCGUGGAAGUUGAUGGAGACGAGACAGCUCUCCUUCUGGUGAAGAAUGUCACCUUUUUUGUCAAACACACAAGUGAGAUCAAAACACUGAGCCAGCCGCCUUACGUUAUGAGCAGCUGGCAGACCAGCACUCCCGGUGCGGCACCGGUCGUGGAAUGCACGGUGAAUUAUGAGAAUAAUGUCAAAAAGCCCAGAAGUACCAAGCAUGUGCACACAGUCCUACUUCAGGAGAGCGGCUCGACGAUUACAAAAACUGUUCAUUUAACGCUGAAGCAGUCAACGGGAUCCAGUGCAAGAGGGAACAGCCGCCUGGACGGGUCUUCAUCUCAAUCCCCUACCCCACCCGGAUCUCCUUGUGUAACCAAGGCUUCAGGUUCAAGGCGGUCGUCCUUCUCCAAUCCCCCUCCUCCCCUUUUAAACGCGGUUCGUAGUAAGCAAGAGCCAUUUCCAGUGACGUGGGCACAGAAAGUGGCGUUUAGUGGCCCUUCAACACCUGUAAAAAGAACACCCACAAGGGUGGUCCCAUCUGCUACAACACCGACAACAAAAAGUCCUACAAAUAUUUCUCCUUGGAGUGCCUCCGCCAGCUCUAAAUCUUUUAAAGGAUACCCCUCCAACUGGGACGCAAGUUGGAUAUCAGAUGGAAACCCUAAGCCACGCUCCUCUUCCUCUCCCUCGGACCUUACCCGGGGAUCUAAACAACAAUCCAGUCAGCAGUAUCAAUCGUCUAGGGGCAGAAGAGGAGGGGGCAGAGGUGCAAGGGGAGGUGGCCACAGGGACCAGAGCUACCAGCGAAGUGUUAGCGAUUCAAAGUAUGCGGGUAGAAGUUCAUAUGUUCGGGACGAUAGAGCGAUAAAGGAACGCUUGGUUGCUACUGAAGGUGCCAUUCGGACUCCGCCGAGGAAAAGUAGUGAGGUUGCAAGACUCAACCCACAACAGGAGGAGACUAGGGCACAUAAUGACAGAGGGACGACAAGUGAAAUGAACACUUCUGGUAGUACCUCACCUUCAUCCGGUGUAACCGAUCGGGACAACACACAGGGUAACGGCACGAGUUCGGAAUGGUGUACUGUUUCACACAGGAAGACACAUCGGGAGGGAACUGGAACCACAAACUCGCAAAGUAACGGUCGUAGAACGUUUGAUAAGCGGUCAGUUGACGAGGGGAGAGGAAAUAGACGAGGGGGUCAUCAAGGUAGAGGAAACCGGGGUCGAGGCGACCGGAGCAGGGGAACUGGAGGCCCUAGGGGACGUGGGCGAGGAGGACGGGGAUCGAUGUAGACAAAGAAUAUUUUUUACCGCGCGUUAUUUAGGGAUUAUAGAGUGAUGUUGAAUAAUUUUUACCUAACGGCUUUUCGAACGCAAGCAGAAGGAAAUUGUUCGCUUCUGUUUAAUUCUUAGUGGUCUAUUAACGUUCUUAUAUUCAUAUUGAUAAAGUUAUAUUUUCGUUUCUA